AUGCCUUCGUCCAGCGAUCUAAUCCCCUUUGUUUUCGACCCGUUACCCUUAGGAUCCAUUAAGCCCGCAGGAUGGCUUCAUUCCGAACUGCAGACCAUGGCAGCUGGACUACCAGGGCACGAAUAUGACUUCUAUCGCUUCGUUAAAUACUCGCCUUGGCUUGGAGGAGACCAGGAGUACGCAUUGUUGAACGAAGGGUUCCCAUACUGGUUUAAUGGAAUUGUGCCUCUUGCAUACUCGCUUGACGAUGAGAGAUUAAAAAUCCAGAUACACGGAGCGGUGUCCUUUAUUACUGCCCAUCAAGCAGCAGACGGCUGGCUUGGUCCCGAAACCGGCACCAGACGGAAUUUUUGGGCCCGUUUUCCCGUUCUCCUUGGGAUGAUCGGCCUACUCCAAGCUGAUUAUGGAGCGUACAGCGGCAAAGUCCUGCCGUCCAUCCAAAAGUUUGUUGGUCUGAUGCACACCAUGCUUGAGAAUGAUUUUGAAGGCUACCUAUAUCACGAAGGCAGCGCACUGAGUGAAUUCGACCACACCUGGGCCAGGGUCCGCAUGGCUGACUGCAUGAUCUCGCUUCAAUGGCUGCUGGAGCAUGAGCCUGCGGUGCAGAAAGAGAGCAUUAUAAGAGUCAUGGAACUCUUAGUUCAAGGAUCGAUAGACUGGGCCACUUGGUUUCAAGAAGGAACAUUUGUAAAAUUGGAUCCCAAUGAUCUUCCGGAUGGCGGAAGAGAGCUUGAAAACCAAUAUUUACCAUACAUGCAUGGUGUGAACCUUGGACAAGGUCUAAAAUCCGGUGCCGUUGUCCGUCGGCUUACGCGGAAUGAGACCCUUCUGCAAACUACUCGCCGCGGUGUUCAAUGGACCUUUGAAUUUCACGGCGCUGCAUCUGGGACUAUCCUAGCCGACGAACGGAUCGCAGGGCUCGAACCUUACUAUGGCUCGGAGCUCUGCACCACAGUGGAAGCUCUGUACUCACUCGCCUAUCUCUACUCCGCAUUGGGUGAUCCUGAUUCCGCAUCUCGAGCGGAAUUGAUUGCGUACAAUGCACUUCCAGCUAUAACAACCCCCGAUCACUGGGCACAUCAAUACGUUUCCCAGCCAAAUCAACCCGACCAUGGCCACAUCCAUAAGAAUGCAGACCCAGCAAGAGGAAAUCCGUUCUGGAACGUGGGAGCAUACGGCCAAACAUUCGGCCUCGAGCUGAACUAUCCGUGCUGCACAGUCAACCAGGGCCAAGGUUGGCCGAAAUUUGUGGCUAACAGUUGGAUGAGAUAUGGUGAAGACGGCAUCGUUCAUGCCUUGCUUGGUCCAAGUCGCGUUCGAACAUCGCUCAGGAACGCCGAUGUAUCCAUCGAGUGCAAAACGGCAUACCCGUUUGAUCUCACUCUUCGCUACGAGAUCGAGUGCGCUGGUCCGUUCACGUUUUACUUCCGAGUCCCGGAGUGGGCACAACCCGGAUCCACGUUGGAGAUCUCAAGCAUCGAACGAUCCUCCGUAUCCAGUUCUGGAGGCUUGGGUCAGGCCAGGCGUCGAAGGAUUGCCCCAGGUUCUACGGAUAUCCCUGGCGGACUUCACGCCGUUCCCGUACUGUCAGCCGGCAAGCAUAUCGGGGCGGUCAAAUUGAUUGCAGCGCCGCGCACCGAACCGAGAAUGAACGACACCGUUGCUGUGUUCUACGGGCCACUGCUCUACUCCCUUCACAUCGACGUCGAAUCGACCUCUCACAACCCCGUAAAGUUCGAUGGUCGCACGCCGUUUGAUCCGUCUGAGAUCCCACCCGAAGCGAAAGAUUGGUCGAUGACACCAUCGUCACCGUGGGCGGUUGCUAUUGACCCGAGCACGCUCUCCGUCCAUAAUGCCGGUGUGCCGGAGGACGGUUCGCUACCGAACCCCGUCUGGGCACCAGGAGUGCCUCCAAUAAGCAUAACGGUGAAAGGGUGCGAGAUUGAGUGGCCAUUAUAUGGUGGGAAGACAGGGCACGUCCGUGAUGGACGAAUACCGGAUUUGCCGCCUUCGAAGGAAUUGAGAAAGUGCAUCGGACCCGUUCAAGAGUGGAAGCUAGUGCCGCACGGCAGCGCGAAGAUUCACAUGUCGGAUCUACCUGUAAUCGAUUUAUCAGAGUCUUGA